GUUCCUUCCCUCCCUCCAACCCUUUCAGGCAAAGCCCCAGCUGGUGAGGGCAGCCGAUGCCAGCGGCGAGGGGGCCCAGUGGCACCCCGGGCUCGGCGUCGGCACCUCUCAGCCUCCCGGAGGGCCGGGGGCAGCAGGGGGCUGGGGGCCCGGCGCCUGGAGCGGAGGCUGAAGGAGUCCCUGCAGAACUGGUUCCGGGCAGAGUGUCUCAUGGACUAUGACCCUCGGGGGAACCGGCUGGUGUGCAUGGCCUGUGGCCGGGCACUGCCCAGCCUGCACCUGGACGACAUCCGUGCCCACGUGCUGGAGGUGCACCCCAGCUCCUUGGGGCUCAGCGGCCCCCAGCGCAGCGCCCUGCUGCAAGCCUGGGGUGGCCAGCCCAAGACACUGUCUGAGCUCACUCGGUCCCCACCAGACGAUGACCUCGUCCCCCAGGACCUGACCAGAAAGAGCCGGGACCCCGCCCCCACUGCUGGAGCCCUGUCCUCUCAGGAUCUCAGUCCCCCAGACGUAAAAAAAGAAGAGGCUGGCUGGCUCCCUGAGAGGCCCGGGCCCGCAGAGGAGGAGGAGGACAGGGAGGAGGAGGAGGGCGAGAGGGUGGGGGUUUCGGGCCGGUCGCCGCAGGGCCGUGACCGCCGCCGCCGCUACCAGGAGCGCUGGCGGCUGGAGUACCUCAUGGAGCUGGACGGCGGCCGGCGCGGCCUGGUGUGCAUGGUGUGCGGGGGCGCGCUGGCCUCGCUCAAGAUGAGCACCAUCAAGCGGCACAUCCGCCAGCGCCACCCGGGCUCCACGCGCCUCAGCGGGCCUGUCAAGGCCCUCAUCGCCCAGGAGUGGAGCGAGAAGGCCGCUCACCUGCUGGCCCUGGGGCUGCCCAGCCCCGAGUCCCCCGGGGACCCUGCCGCCCCCGGCACAGCCGCAGCCUCCGAGGAGGGGGGAGGGGAAGAGGAGGAGGAGCCAGAGGAGGAGGAGUGGUGGGGCGAUGUCCCGCUUUCCCCAGGGGAGCCGUCGGAACGGCCCGCCGAGGACGACGAGGACGACGA